AAUAUUAGCAAAAGAAACAGGACUAAAGUGUAAAUUCAAGGUUUCUGAUUAGUUCGUGGAUCCACAAGAGAGAGAGAAAGUAAAAGUCUCACCAUUACGAAGCCUCUCCAGUCGCAAUUUUUUCUGAAGAUUUUUUUCUUUUUUGGGCUCAUUCAUUAGAUUCUAAAGAGAUAGAGAAAUUACAAGUAAGCCCUCACGUUUCCACAGAGCCAAACCAAAAGUAAACGAAACGAAGAAGACGAAGCGAAGCAAGCAAGUGGUAGAAGACGAAGAAGAAGAAGAAGAAGACCAGAGACGCGGCAAUAGCUUUUUUUCAAUUUUUACUUGAUCGGUCUCAGACGAAGACGUAGUCGGAGAGUUAUUAUUGACGGCGGCGAUUGUUUGUGUUUAUACCUCGCCGGAGAUUUGAAGUUAUCGUCUACUUCAAGUAAUUGGUUGCUUGAGUAGUCGCGGUUGGUGAAAUCGUUUGAUUAGGUUUUAAUCUAGAUGAAAGCUUUGAGAAGGAUUCAAACGACGUCUUCGUCUUCUAAUCCUUCAUCGCCAUUAUCAUCUCCUCCUUCUUCAUCAUCUUCGUGGAUCCAAAUACGUUCUGCUCUCUUCGUUGUUGCUUCUUCAUCUCCUGCGUCUUGUUCUUCUGAUCGGCCUCGUCUUAAAUCACCAUGGUCUCGGAGGAGAAGGAAAAGGCCACUUAGACCUCAGCAAUGGAAGAGAUUUUUUACGCCUGACGGUAGACUGCGGAAUGGAGGAGUGGAUUUGUUGAAGAAAGUUCGGAGUAGAGGUAUUGAACCGAGCAUUCGGCUGGAGGUGUGGCCUUUCCUUCUUGGAGUGUAUGGUUUUAAUAGUUCUAAGGAAGAGAGAGUCAAUAUAAGAAACCGGAGAAGAAAGGAGUAUGAGAGACUACGUAGGCAGUGCAAACGGCUUCAAAAACACAAUAACGGGACUCGUAAGUUAAACAGGGGCAGUGAAACUAUCGAAGAUGAGUAUGAUUGGCCUCAAGUUCAAGACACUGACAGUUCAUGUUCUGAUGAAGUUGUCAGUGCCCGUGAGUCUCUCUCUAGUGAUGAAGACAUCACUGAAGAUAUUGGGUACGUGAGUGAAGUUUCAUGUACAGUUGAGAAGGAUGACGGCAGUAGUUCAAGACGAAUCACCAAUGCUACUAUCUCUACACUAAAUUCCGAGUCAUCAGAUUCAGAUUCUUCAAAUGGGAGUGAAGUGGUACAGGUCUUUCAAUCUUCUGCUACUCCGGAUGUGAAUAGUGCAUAUCCAGCCAGCUCAUCUAUCCCCCGGACAGAAGAGGAUUUUGUGACGUGGCAGCGUAUUAUUCGUCUAGAUGCUGUGCGUGCUAAUUCAGAGUGGACCCCCUAUUCUCCAUCCCAGGCAGUUAUAUCCGAGGACAGAGCAUGUCGUGCCGCUGAAGCGGUUGGGUUAAAAGAUUACAAUCACUUGGAACCAUACAAAAUAUUUCAAGCUGCACGGCUAGUUGCUGUUCUUGAAGCGUAUGCUUUAUAUGACCCUGACAUCGGGUAUUGCCAAGGAAUGAGCGAUCUUCUCUCUCCUAUACUCUCUGUAAUCCCUGAUGACCAUGAAGUCUUUUGGUGCUUCGUCGGGUUCAUGAAGAAAGCUCGUCAUAAUUUCAGACUAGACGAGGUUGGAAUCAGAAGACAACUCAACAUAGUCUCAAAGAUAAUCAAAUCUAAAGACUCUCAGCUUUAUAGGCACCUGGAGAAACUCCAAGCCGAAGACUGUUUCUUUGUAUAUAGAAUGGUGGUUGUGAUGUUCAGACGGGAACUGACACUCGAUCAGACGUUAUGUCUAUGGGAAGUGAUGUGGGCAGAUCAAGCCGCAAUCAGAGCCGGGAUGGGAAAAUCCGCAUGGAGUAGGAUAAGGCAACGUGCACCUCCCACGGAUGAUUUGGUGCUCUAUGCAAUAGCGGCCUCAGUGUUGCAAAGAAGGAAACUUAUAAUAGAAAAGUAUAACAGCAUGGAUGAGAUUUUAAGGGAGUGUCAAAGUAUGGCAGGGCAAUUAGAUGUGUGGAAGCUUCUGGAUGAUGCACAUGACCUCGUCGUUACUCUACACACCAAGAUUGAACAUUCAUUCUCAUAAAAUUUUAUCUUUUCUUCCGCGGGUUUUGAGGAUCCUGCGACUAGUCUAAAAAGGUGGAUUCCCCGGUUCCGUGGAGGCCCCAAUUGGGCCGUGAGCUCUAUCUGAAUCGUUGCCGAUACGAAAUGAGGGUAGAGAUUGGAAAGAGUGGUGAACAGAGAGGGGUGUGUAAAUUUAAUUAAAAUAAAGUGUAUGUGUGUGUGUUGUGAAAUGUGAAGAAUGUGAAAAGGUUGAGGAGGGUUUUCUAAAUUACACAGGGAAGAUUCUUUACUUGAGAAACUGGAAAAAAAUAUGCAUUUGGAAACAAAGCUGUGCCAAGUUUGUUUU